GAGUAAAGUAAUAAUUAUUAAAAUGUAUAUGGCUAAAUACAAAAUUAAUAAUAAAUACUGUGAAAUAACCAUACUAUAAAUGUGGAAAUUUCCAGUAACAAUAAUAAAUCAAAAUAAACAAGUGAAAAACAAAUUUUUUUGUGCUAAGUGUGUGGUGUGAGAAUGUUACUAUUAUCUAAAUUUUCACUAAUAUAUCAUAAAUUCGUUGGUAGUAAAUAAUUGACGUUUUUAGCUAAAUAAAAACAAUGUCUGAAUCUUCUAAGAUGGGCCUAUUUGGCUCUAAAGAGGAAAACAGUUGUUUAAACAGUGAUCAAGCUAAUAAAGAUGAAUCUCCAGAACGUUAUGCACCAUACAGUGUUGAUAGUGAUUCAGAAACUUAUGAUACAGAAGCACUAAGCAUUAUGGAUAUCAAUGAUAUAAUUGGAGUUCAAUCAGAACCCGUUGAUUCAACUUUAGAAAGUGAAAUAGCAGCUUUGUCUAAGAUCAUCGAUUCCAAAACUGAUAUUGUUGAUAAAAAUACUAUAAAUACAAAUUUGAAUGUAAAUACAGUUGAAGCUACUCCAUCAAUAAAUUUAUUGACUAAUUCAGGAGAUAAACAAUCUGAAAGUUCUGUGAAAAAUAAUGAUAGUACUGAUUUUCAAUUAGAUUCUAGUGAUGUUGAUACUGCAUCAAAUACAUUAAUUAUUAAUAAAAAUACAAAUGAAUUUAUUCAACAUCAAGAUACAUCAACGAAUUUUGAUAUAAAAGAAACUGGAGAAAAUUAUAAAAGUUCAAAUGUUACAGACGUAUUAAGUAUUAAUAAAAGCCUUCAAUUAAUCGGAGAUGCCUAUACGUCAGAAGAUUCCCAAGAAACAGAAUUAGAUGAAGUACGAGUUGAUGAAGAACCAAAAGUUGUAUUUUCUUGUAAACCGCUUGUGGAUAAACAAAAUAGUAAAACAGAUCAUGAAGGUAAUCUUGAAGGUAUUGAAUCUAUCGACAUUCCUGUCGAUGUUCCAUCAAUUGUAGAUAUAAAUAUUGAAAAUAAUGAAAUUGUAGAAAAAUCAUCGUUAGAAUCUAUAGCCGUAGUAUCUGAUAAUGAUAAUAAAUUAAUUGAUCAAGCAAAUAAUGAUACGAACUCGUGUAAGUUGAUAUUAGAUCAAGCGAAACAAAUCGUAAGUAAAGCAACUUGUCCAGAAGACGAAUCACCAGUACAAGUACCAAUAAAUGUUUUUACUGAAUCUACAUCUUCAGUAAAUGUUGCACAAUCAUAUUCACAGGACAAGGAACAGAGUUUAAAAAAAGAUGAGAGUGAUCUUUUUGUUUCCAAAGAAACAAAAAUCAAGCCAGAUAAUGAAAAACAACUUUGCCAAGCUGAUUUGAGUGUUAAUAAUGUUGAAUUUUCUGGAAUCGAUUCAAAUGUUAAAGAAAAUUCUACUUUAGUCGACGAUAAAAUCGAUGAUAAUAAUCAAAAUAUUUUAACUCCUCAUUUAGAAGAAACAUCAAGCAACAUUACACAAAAUUUAGAAUCCUUAAUUACUUCAUCUGUAAUGGAUGAAGAUGUUGCAAAUAAUGUAAGUACUGCUUACGAAAUAACAAAUGAAGCAAGUUCAACGACCAAUGUCAAGGAGAUAAUCGAUCAGUCAACUCCUGUUACAACUUCAGAGUAUUCAAGUAGUGUUACUGAAAAUUUAAAUUUAAAAGAUUUAUGUGAAAAACUUUCGUCUGAAGAUCAAACAUCGGUCGCUAAUAAUAUUCAAAUGUCAAUCGUUGAAAAAAAUGAAGAAAAUAUUUUGAGUAAUGAAAAUAAGUCCAAAGAAACAAAUGAAGUAGCUGAAAAACUGGAAAAUAAGUGUGAAACUAUGGAAAUUAUGAAUAUUGAAGCAUUCGAUGUAAAAGAUAAAAUUAUUGAGGAAAGUGAAACAAUCAUCGAAUGUAACAAAUCAAUAUUAUUACCAAGCUGUUCAUUUGAAAACGAAGAAGAAACAACAAAAGAUGUAAUUGAAGAAAAUACUCUUGAAUCUAUUGAUAAUAUUUUUAAUGAAACGGAACAAAACAAAACUGAUUUAAAAGAUAAUUAUAUCAAAGAUUCUUCUGCAAAUAUUAAAUCAGACGUGUCUUGUGAAGAUGUAAAAUCAAUUGAAAAUGAUAAAAAUACAAAUAUAUAUUUAGAUCAUGACAAUCACCAACUAUUACUUGAAAAAAGUGAAAAAUCGGAUAUUAAUCAUGUACAAAAACCCAAUUCUUUAAUUACUAAUACAGAAAAAGAUAUACUUUUAUCAAAAUCAAACGAAAAUUCUGAAGAAUUAGAUGCCAAUAUAUUAGAACCAUCUGCUCAGAGUUUUACCGAUGAAAAUAAUGAAUUAUCAACAUUAGAAGUGACAUCCAAACCAACAGAACAACCAAAUGAAGUUAAUUUGGAAGUAGUCGCAGCUGAUAAUAGUGAGGUUUAUCAAAUCAUACAAGAUGAUCCGGGAAUACAUUCGGAAAAAAUAAAAGAACCAAUUACUGAUUUAAAAUUAAAUCUAGAUACUCAAGAAGCUGACACUGAGACGCUUGUUGUUGAAAAUGUAGAAAACCUUUCGGAAACAGAAUCUGAAGUAAUUGAUUUUAAAAGUAUUACAUCAAAAUCUAAAGACUUAAACGAGAAAAAUUUAUUGGAUUCUCUAAAGUCUGAAAACUUAGAAAAUCCAUUAGUUGGAGUAUUAGAUAUUGAUCUCACAGUAAACUUGGAGGAAUCAGUAAAUAGUGAUGAAGUUAUUGUACAUAGUGAAGUUAUUGAAGAAUCUACAGAAAAAAUUUCAUGUGAAUUGGAACAAAACUCAAUUGUCGAUUUAUUACUUGUCUCAAAACCAGAAACUGAACCCAUUAACCAAAUAAACAAUUUGCUUAGUGACAUUUUGGAAACUGAAACUGAAUCUUCAGAGCUUGACUGUAAUUUAGAAAGUGAAAACGAUAGACAAACUAAAGAUUCUGAAAAUAUAAAAAUACCUGGAAAUUCGGAGCAUAAAAUAUACGAAAAAGAAACAAAAUGUAUUGAAGAAGAACAAAUAAUAAACAUUAAUAAUACAACGUCAGAAAUAAAAGAGAGCCUCAAUUUCAGUCCAAAUGAAAAAUUAGAAACAGAUGAAGUAAAAGAUCAAUUGGAAGAUGUAAAUUCCAUCACUGAAGUCUUACAAACUAAUCCAGAAAUAUCUGAACUAGAAUCCGCAGUGAAAUUUCUUCGGGAAUCUGAAGAACAAAAUGAAUUAGAAACCAGUUUACUGUCAAAAACUCUGGAUGAUACAGCAAAUGAAUUGACUCCCGAAGAAGAAUUUUCAAGUACAUACAUACAGGAUCAAAAGAUUAGUCAAGACUUACCAGAAUCUGAAUCAGAAUUUGAAACUCCAACUAGUGAAUCAAUAGCAAUAUCUGAAGCUGAAAUAAUAACUGAAGCAGCUAAAUUAGAGAGUGAACGAAAACAAUUAAAUGAAGAAUCACUAGUAACAAUUAAUCAAGAUAGUAAUCUUCAAGUGAAUGAAAAAAGUCAUAUUUUGAUAACUCAAAUCCAAUCAUUAAAUGAAGAAGUUAAUGCAUCAGUUGUUGACAUAAAUAUUGAGGUAAACCCAUCGCAAUGUUUAUUAACUAGAAAAACAACAGUUAUUCCAAAAACAUCAAUUUUAGAAGAACGGUUGAAAGAACCACCAAAAAUAGAAAUCCCAGUUGUAGAUUCUGCCACAGCAUAUGAUGGUCCAAUAACCCCAAGAUCAAGUUUAUUGAUUCAAAAAGAUGCAAAAAUGCCAAAUUACGAACAAUUGCUAGAAUCAUCAAAAGUUGAGACGGAUAAAAUAAAAGACGAUAAUAAAAUAAUCGAUAAUGUGCGAAAAGAUUCUGAUAGACAUGAAGUUGAAAAUAUUAGCUCACCGUCGAGGAUUAUUUUAAAAAUAGCUAAAUCAGCUAUUGCAAGUUGUGGAGAACCCAAAUCUCCAAAAAGCCCUAAAAUACGUUCUACAACUGAUUCUCCAAAUCUUGAAGAUAGUCCUGGACAUAAGCUAGAAAAAAUAAAAUUAAAGUUAUCAAAAAGUGGACAUCCAUCGAUAAUUCCCAAUGAACUUGCAAAGGAAACAUCAAUGCAGUGGCAUACUGAAAGUUCUUCAUCACUUUCCCCUCUUGGAAUCAAAAGAAAAUUUUCAAAUGUGCAACCAGAAACAAAAGAAACAUCAAAACAUAAAAUAGAAUCAAUUGCAGAUUCUCCAAAACGGACGGAGUCUCCAAUUGCAAUGAAAAUAAAAUUAUCGAAAAGUGGAGACGCUUCAAUAAUUCAAUCCGAUACCCAAGACGAUGAAUUAAAGGAAAUGAAAAAUAAAGAAAAAAUAGAUUUUUCACAUGAAUCUAAAAGAACGGAAUCUCCACUAGGAGUUAAAAUAAAACGUCUGAAAACUAGUGAUCCAUCAAUUUCACCGUGUGAUUAUGAAGAAGGAAUCAACACAAAAAUAAAAGAAAAGAGAGACACUCAAGAUAAUCAAAAACGAAUUGACUCGCCAAUACCUGUGAAAAUGAAAUUAUCAAAGGUAGGUGGCGCUUCUAUCAUAACAGUUGACUCGACAAGCGAUUGUAAAGACAAAUUAGAAAUUCCAGAAGUUCCUCGACGGACAGAAUCACCUUUAGGAACAAAAAUAAUAAAAAUGUCAAAGACUGGAGACGCCUCUAUCAUUUAUUCAGAGGUAUGUAAUGAUCAAAGUAAUCAAGGAUUUGAGUCAAGUCAAACAUGUGGUUUAUUUGAACCUUCAACUUCCAAAGACAUUGAUUCAACUAAUAUUUCAAAAAAAUCCGAAUCAUCUCUAGCAGUAAAAAUCAAAGUGUCAAAAGAUGGGGAAGCAAAAAUAGUUCACUCUGAAAAACAAAAUGAAAGUCAACAAUUAGUGGAAAUACAUGAUGAACAUAAUAAAACUCAAAAAUCUGGUGAUUCAACGAGAAUAGAAUCAAUGAAAAUAAAAGUACCAAAAAGUGGCCAUCCAAUGAUUGUAACUAAUGAUACAGAAGUGUUAUACAACAAAGAUUCAUCAGACGUUCAAUGUACAUUUAUUCAGAAACGAGAACAACUUACCAAUAGAUCAGAGGUAACCAUUGAACCUAUAACUUAUAAUAGAAAACAAGAAGAGUUAUCAGAACAUCCAUUAAAACGUAAAGACGGCACUCCAAACUCCUAUGAGUCGAAAAAAACUAAAUUAGAAGCUAAGCUGUCACAAAUUCUUCCUGAAGUUACAAUUCAGCCUAUUGUCCCAAAAGAUCAGCAACAACAAAGUCAGGCAGAUUAUAAUGAGUCAAGUGCAAGCUUGAUAAGUCGCGAGCAGAUGAAUGUUAUUAAUCAAGAAAUCAGUAUAACUCAAGUAAAAUUGGCAAAACCUUCGUCAGAUAUUAUUGGAGAAAAAUUAAAAAAUAUGUUAACUCAAUCGUCUAAUAAUAUGUCUGAUGAUUGUGAAAUAAUUGAACAAGAUCCAGAAUUAAUAAUUGUUAAUGAAAAUUCAAAUUCAAGCCAAGAUAUUAUGAUAAUUGACGAAGUAGCACCAAUAAGAGUACCAGACGUUAAAAUACCAAAAAAACGAGGGAGACCUAGACGAAAUGCUUUACCAUUCCAACGCCCAGAAACUGUUGAGAUAAAUCAAGAUCCUCUUGCAAUAGACGAAACUUCUUAUAUUGUUGGUACUGCAGAACCUAAAGAAAAUGAAAGACCAAAAAGAACAUGUCGAAGUCAAAAGAGUUAUGCACCACCCAAACGAGGACGUGGACGCGGUCGUGGAAAAAGAAAGUUUGACCGAUCGGAUAUUGGUAUCAGUAAAAAAAUGCGACUUGAGCAAAACUUAUCGGCGAUUGAAAAUUCUACAACAGCAUUAAUAACUUUGGAUGAAGAAUCGACAUCAUCUGAAAUACAAAAUGAUUCUUCGGAGCUUUAUAAAGCACUUCGUCAACCAUUAAAAGUAGUUUCAGAUCAUCUGAAGAAAGCUAACGACUCAAACAUUAAAGAACCGAAAGAAUCUUCUGGUAUUCCAGAUCAUCAAAAUUGGUUAACGCCAUUGUCGAAAAAACAAAUCGAUAACAAUCGUAAUGAUGGAAUAUCCAUGGUUCAAGUUUUGGAUGAAGAAACGCGAAUGAGUGCUGAAUCUGUUUCUAGAUCUCAAACACCUGCCAGGAAUAUUCCCAAUCAAGAAACAACAAUUAAUGAAGAAUCUCAAGGAAGUGUUAUAAGUACCGCUACAACAGAAUCAGAAAAAGUAAAAGUGAAAAAUCGAAGAAUGGAAAUAAAUUUUGAUCCAGACGAAGGGCCAUUUACAGUUGAAAAAAUAGCUGAAUAUGAAUGGCCAUUGGAUCGUAAAGGUGAAACAUUUAUGAUACAAGAACAAAUAUCACAGUAUCUUGGUGUUAAAUCAUUUAAAAGAAAAUAUCCAGAUUUAAAAAGACGCAUGGUUGAUAUGGAAGAAAGAAAUUAUUUAAGAGAAAAUUUACUUGUUAAUGAAGCUAUGUGUGACAUGGGAUUAACUGCAAUUUGUAGCUCAGAAGUACUUGACAUUAUGUGUAGUGAUUUUCCUGAUCAAUAUGAAGAGUAUCGUAAGCAUAUGCGUGAAAAACAAAUAAAAGAACACUCGAAAAAACAAAAAGAACUCACAGCAGCAGCUAAUGCUGAAAAAAAUCGUAUUGAUCUUGCUGAAAUGGCUGUUCAGUCAGCUUUAUCGUGGAAUGUUAACUUUAACAAAGCACGUAAUGAGUCGCGAAGAUGUAGUUUAGAUCUUCAAACAUUUACUAUUCAUGUACCGACAAAACAACCUAAAAUCAAUGAUGAAAAUAAAAUUAGUCAUUAUCCAGUAUCCCUUAUUCCUGGACAGUAUACUGAUUAUUAUCGAGAGUAUACGCCGGCAGAAUUAAGAUAUUAUCCUCUAAAUACUGUUCUUUAUGGACCAAUGAGGCCUAACGAACGAAAAUUCGAUAGUCAAUCUGAAGGUUCUCAAAGUGAUAGUGACAGUGAUUCAUCUUCUGAUGAUUCCAGCUGCUCAUCUAGUGAAGGUACCCAAGACACCGAAGAAUCACAAUCAACAAUGGAUGAUGUAGACAUUGAGUUAUCGAACCAAAAAGAUAAAUCAUUCAAAUGCAAAAUGUGUCUCAAGCAUUUAAAUAAGAAUAAUAAAACGGAAGUUUUAAUCCAAUGUGGUACUUGCCAUGGACAUGUACAUCCAUCGUGCUUAGACUUGACUCUAGAUAUGGUUCCUCAUAUUCAUGCCUAUGCUUGGCAGUGUACAGAUUGUAAAACAUGUGCACAAUGUCAUGAUCCAGCAGAUGAAGAUAAAAUGCUCUUCUGCGAUAUGUGUGAUAGAGGAUACCACAUUUAUUGUGUUGGUUUGAGAAGAGUACCACAAGGUCGAUGGCACUGUCAGGAAUGUGCAAUUUGUGCGAGUUGUGGUUCAAGGGAAGCUGGUGGCAUGAAUGCUGACCGAAAUAGUGUAGCACAAUGGCAACAUGAGUACAAAAAAGGCGAUAAAAAUACUAGAGUUUACGUGUCUACACUCUGUGUACCUUGCUCCAAGCUAUGGAGGAAAGGUCGUUAUUGCCCACAUUGCAGUCGCUGUCAUACUGUGUCAAGACUCGACGUGGAAGAAAAUCUUGUGCACUGCAGUGCAUGCGACAAAUAUCUGCAUUUAGAGUGUGUGGAGAACAAGAUAAUCGAUAGAAAAAAUUAUCAAUGUGAUGUUUGUAUGCAAAAUCGCCAACGAAUAAUUAAAUCUUCAGUAUCCAAAGCCAUUAGAGCAUAAAUGAAAAACAUUUUCAACAAUAAUGAAUCCAACAUCUAUUUGGGAGUUAAAGACUGUUUUAAUUGGUUACUUAUUAUGGAAAAAAAAUUUUUUUUUUCGUUUUGACCUUUUUUUCUACACUUAAUCAUGCUUUUAAAUAUAAAUUAAAAUAAAAUUAUCACUUGAAAAUGAAAAAACUAUUGUAAUGCUAUUUGUAUAAUUAUUUUAUAUAAGAUGACACACUGAUAAAAAAAUUUGUUUUAUUUUGUUUAUUGUAAUAUUGACAAUUUCGAUGUACAAUCUAGUAUUAUUAAUAUUUGUUUAUUCUUAUGAGUGGAAAAAACACAUAGGUAAAUAUAUCUUUAUUAUGUAUACAGCGAAUACCUUACGAAUAUUACAAUAGCGAUUAUUUUUUUUAAAUAUUUGUUUUUGUAAUACAUAAGAUGAUUUAAUG